GGGUUAGCGACGAAGCACCCACCAUCCGUUUCUAGUACCUUCUUCUCCCCCAGCCUCUGCGUCCUGUAUAAAUUGCAGCAGCAGCAGCAGCAGCAAGCACGCGUCGAUUCGUACCGCUGGCGCGCCGGUCUAGUCUGCAAGAAGCAGAGGCACUCGCGAGAGCAGAGCAGAGGGAGCGCAGCUGCGGCGAUGGCGAAGCCGGUGAAGCUGUACGGGUGGGCGAUCUCGCCGUUCGUGUCGCGCGCGCUGCUGUGCCUGGAGGAGGCCGGCGUGGAGUACGAGCUCAUCCCCAUGAGCCGCGAGGCCGGCGACCACCGCCGCCCCGAGCACCUCGCCAGGAACCCUUUUGGGCAGGUGCCGGUUCUCGAGGAUGGAGACUUGACGCUCUUUGAAUCUCGCGCGAUUGGGAGGCAUGUUCUUCGCAAGCACAAGCCGGAGCUCCUGGGGGAAGGGAACCUAGAGCGGGCCGCGAUGGUGGACGUGUGGCUGGAGGUGGAGGCCCACCAGCACCACCCUGUGGCAGUUGCCAUCGUGGUGGAGUGCGUCUUCGCGCCGUUCCUCGGCCGCGCGCGCAACCAGGCGGCCGUCGACGAGAACGUCGCGAAGCUUAAAAAGGUGCUCGAGGUGUACGAGGCGCGGCUGAGCCAGAGCAAGUACCUGGCCGGCGACUCGAUCAGCCUCGCCGACCUGAGCCACUUCACGCUGAUGCACUACUUCAUGGCCACGGAGUACGCCGCGGUGGUGGAGGCACUGCCGCACGUCAAGGCGUGGUGGGAGGAGCUCGCCGCGCGGUCGGCGGCGAGAAAGGUGGCGGCGUUCAUGCCGCUGGGUUUUGGGCCGUCCAAGAAAGAGCAGCAGUGAUGUCUUCCCUGUGUCUAUGUGUUCUGAAUUCUGAACUUCUGUCAGAAGAAUAAUGCUCUCGGUUUCGAAUUUUCAGUCACUUUUGUUGCAUCUUCCACAAGAAUAGGUGAAUAAACAUUUUAUUAAGAUUUUCGAA